CUCCUUCUCCUUCUCCUUCUUCUUCCCUUUGCUUUAAAACUGCGCCAUGAAUGACACAGUCUGGAAUGCUUUGCCAACCAUUUUCAUGGUCAUGGUUCAGCUCGGACUCGCUGUAGGUAACGUGCUCUAUAAGUUAACUGUUGCGGAUGGAAUGAACUUGCGGAUUAUUAUUGCUUAUCGUUUCUUGUUUGCCUCUGCCUUCAUGCUUCCCCUCGCCUUCUUCUUAGAUAGAGGAAAAAGGUCGAAGCUCACUUGGUCCGUGCUUUUCUAUGCUUUUCUCUCCGCUUUCUUUGGGGGGUCGUUGGCGCAAAACUUAUACCUGGAGAGCAUGAGUUUAACAUCUGUGACAUUCGCUGCAGCCAUCGGCAACCUUGGCCCAGCCGUCACCUUCAUUUUGGCACUCUCCUUCAGGUUGGAGAAGUUGAACAUAACAACAACCGGAGGGAAGGCUAAAGUGGUGGGGACAUUAUUAGGAAUAGGUGGGGCCAUGAUCCUUACAUUCUAUAAAGGCGUGGAACUUAAUCUUUGGUCAACCCACGUUGACCUUUUGCAUAACUCAGGUGGACACGUGGCAGACACAGAACACGACAUCCGUAGUCAGCUGCUGGGAAGUGUGCUCGGUUUUGCUGGCUGCGUGUCGUAUGGGUUAUGGCUCAUCGUUCAGGCGAAAAUGAGUGAAUCCUAUCCAUGCCACUACUCAAGUACAGCGUUGAUGUGUUUGAUGGCAUCCAUUCAGGCAGUUGCUUUUGCUUUGUGCUUGGAAAGGCGAUGGAGUGAGUGGAAGUUGGGAUGGAAUAUCCGACUUCUCGGCGUCUCAUAUACCGGGAUUGUAGCUUCUGGAGUGAUAGUAGCGCUAAUCUCAUGGUGCGUACGAAUGAGAGGCCCAAUGUUUGUAUCAGUUUUCAGUCCUCUUAUUCUGCUCCUUCUUGCCAUAGCCGGAUCCUUGUUUUUGGAAGAAAAACUCCACUUGGGAUGUGUGAUUGGAGGAGUGCUGAUCAUAUGUGGAUUAUACGUAGUGUUGUGGGGUAAAAGCAAAGAGAUGAAGAAGAGUACGCAAUUAGCUCCCAUGGGAAGCAUUGAGCACCAACCUGUGGUCAUAGACCUGCCCAUUUCAUCUCCAACAACUAUUCCUAAAACUGAAACCGAUACUCCUCGGGGUUCCAACAGCAGCAAUCGCAACGUCAAUUAGGGAGCAUCGUUCUUACAUACAAGUUAGAACAUAUUGAGACAAGAUCAAAACAAAAAGGUAUUAAACUGUUAGGAAUUAGGAUAGGAAUAGGUAGCAAAAUAUUAAGGUCUUAGUAUUUAAUGUAGUUGUAAGAAUAGCAAAACAAAGAAUAUUUAAUGCUCUCCAUAUUUCAAAGCUAAUAACUUUUCAUGUUCUCCAACGUUGCCUGUCAGACUUUGAUGGGGAAUUUCAUUUCUCUCCGUCUUUCACUUUUUUAACGGAUGUAAAUCUUUUGGAAAUGAGU